AUGGGCCUCAUCGCCUCCGGAGUCGCGAUGGUCCUUCUGUACGAUUGCUUAGUGGAAGCAAACACGUCAAAUUAUCGCACGGUGCCGUGGUCAGACGACGGAAUCGAUGGGAGCGAAAUUCUCAAUCAGAGUUUGCCUCCCCUCGCGAUAGACUCAUCCAGACUCUACUUCAAUCGGAUUCCUAAGGCAGCGAGUACUUCAAUGCUCAAUAUACUCCACGCACUCUCGGCCAAGAACAACUUCACGCACAAGUCUUCCUCGGUUUACAACAUGCGAAUAUUGACUUCGGAGCAGCAAAAUGAGCUCGCGGCCAGUGUCGUUGAAAGCGAGGCUCCAGUCACUUUCGAUCGUCAUGUCCACUUCGUGAACUUUAACUCACUCGGCUUCGAUUCACCUAUCUUCAUCAACAUGGUCCGCGAUCCCGUUGAACGCAUCAUCUCUGACUACUACUAUCGUCGGUCAGUUGCGAGGAAGCACAUUGACAGCUAUGCUGUGACUCCCAGCAAAUUUUGGCUCGAAAAGUCACUCGAAGAGUGCAUUCGGAGAUCCGAUGACGAGUGUCAGUACAUGACGGGAUAUUUACAAGUUGGUCACAUGGUUCCCUACUUCUGCGGGCAUCACCAGAAAUGCAUGGUUGUCAAUGACGAAUGGGCGCUUGAGCAAGCGAAGAAAAAUAUCGAGCGGUACUACGACGUCGUGGGACUAGUCGAAAUGUUGGCGGAAACGAUCGCGGUCCUCGAAAAGCGUUUGCCGCAGUUUUUCUCAGGUGCCAGCGAGAUUCUCACCCGAAUCGGUCCUCACAACGUCAACCUGGAGAAGCCCAGCGUCGACGCCGCCGCUCGAAAUGAACUCAAGCAGAAUCUGACGAACGAUAUGAUCUUGUACAACUUUAUCAGGGACCGCUUGUUAAGACAAAUCGCAGAGCUCGAGUGAAGGAUUCUUCUCCGCGCCCUCCCCGCCUCGCAGAAUCGCGAUUAUCAUAUUUAAGCUACAGUCGAGACGAAUAAAGAACGGAAUGUUAUCGCUGUU